AAUAAAUUCUUCUUUUGCAGGAAGAAUCCUCCAAGAGAGGCACCCCACUCUUUUUUGGACACCUUGUGCAGCACAUGUCCUUGACCUUCUUUUGGAGGACAUAGGAAAACUUGAGUGGGUGACUCCAGUUGUGGAAGAUGCAAGGAGGAUCACCAAAUAUAUCUACAAUCACCCUUGGGUCCUAAAUUUGAUGAGACAACACACGCAAGGGAAAGAUUUGGUGAGAGCUGGUGUCACAAGGUUUGCAACGAUUUUCUUGACGUUGCAAAGCAUUCUUGCUGCAUUGACUUCUUUGAAACAAAUGUUUGUGAGUGGAGAAUGGCUUAACUCACCUUAUUCAAAGAAGCCUGAAGGAGAGGCUGUCGCAUGCAUAGUCUUCGACAACCAAUUUGCACAAAGGGCUGCAGAGAUUGUGAAGGUGUCAGAGCCCUUGGUUCGAGUUCUUCGCUUGGUGGAUGGGGAUAAAACCCCAAUGGGAUAUCUUUAUGAGGCCAUGGAUAGGGCCAAAGAGUCUAUCAAAAAUUACUACAAGGGGGAUAGGCUCAAAUUUGAUCCCAUUUGGGAAAUUGUUGAUAGGAGGUGGAACAAUCAGCUCCACCAACCCAUUCAUGCAGCAGGGUACUUCCUCAACCCUCGUUUUAGGUUCGGGGGUUCUUACUCAGAUUCGAAUGGAGAAGUCAUGGAGGGCCUCAGUACAUGCAUUGAGAGGAUGGUACCUGAUGUUGAGGAGAGAGACCUCAUUGUGAGUGAGCUCCAAAAUUAUGAGGGAGGAAGGGGUAAGCUAUUCUCUUCAGAGCUGGCUAGGAGAGGAAGAACCACUCAAACCCCAGAUGCUUGGUGGCAAAAUUGGGGUGGAAACACCCCACAUCUCAAAAAAUUUGCCCUCAGAGUCUUAUGUCAGCCUUGCAGUUCAUCCAAUUGUGAGCGCAAUUGGAGCUUGUUUGAAGCAAUCCACACGAAGAAGAGGAGCAAGUUAGCGCAGAAACGGCUCAAUGACCUUGUCUACGUGCAAUAUAAUCUUCGAUUGCGCGUAAAGAAGGUAGAGGAACUAGAAGGUGGUCCAAUUGACUUGGAUGAUAUAGAUCCUUACAGUGAUUGGACAUCACAGGAGCAGCCUCCAUUGUUUUCCGACACUGACAUCACUAAUUUGGAGAGGCAGGCUAUGGAGGAGGGGGGUGGAUUUGGUUUCAGGCUGGAUGACAUUGAGGAGGAUGAGGAUGAGGAUGAGGAUGAGGAUUCAUUGCCAGUGCCAGAGGCAGGUGGAGACAUAGCUUCAUCCAGGAUGGAGGAUGAGUCUCAAUCAACCAUACCGAGCGAGGAGGCACAGUCACGCCCAGUCCCGCAGCAGACUUAUACGACUAGACAGUCUAGACCCUCUAGUUCUACCUCUCCCCAUGUUUUUGCUAGAGCUGGGAAGAGGAAGUUGUAAUUGUAAUUUGUGAUGAUGUAUUUACUUUUGGUUUUACAAAAACUAUUUAGUAAUUUACUAUUUUGCUUCAGGCUUCCAGCCAUCAGCAUUCCUCAUGAGGAUGCGAUUUUGUAGACACUUUGCAUUUAAAUAUAUCUAGAAUCAGCUUGUUUCUUUUGUGUUAUCAUUUAUUGACUCUUUGGAUGCAUCUUCUCAUUAAAAAUUGCAAAAAAAAUGCGUUUUUUACUAAGUUUAAGCGUGUUUUUAAGUUGCCGAGUUUU